UGUGUUGGGGAUCGGGGGAGGUGGUUCCUGCUUUGGUCGCCAACCGGGAGAAGCAGUACAAGCCUAUGGGAGGUCAUUAUGCCAAUAAUGAAUCUUAUCUUGGUUUGGAGGGAAUUUUCAACGCUGGAUUGUUUAGUAUUAGUCAGACUUCUGUAGUUAAGAGUGGUCUAACAUCAACUUAAUUAAAACACCAGACAGAUAGAUACACGUGAAGACUAAGGCGUGAGAGUCUCGGCGCAGGCUGGCGGAAAGUCAGAACCCAGAGGCGGUCAGCUCCCCGGACGCUCCCCACGACCGGCAGGCGAACCUCUUUCUCAUUGGCCACCGCCCGGCAGCCUCGGGCGCCCAUGGGCCCGCCCCGACGCCCGCUUCUAUAAGAGGCGGGCAGCGCGAAUCCGCGGAUAGACCCAGCUCACCGCUAGUGGCGCCCAAGGGAACCCUCCCUUAGACACCCCCAAAGAAAGGGAGUCUCUUAUGCAAAGCCUCUCAGCACCUCCACCCAAGCCCAGGACUAAGACCUUGGGUACCAGGUUACAACUGACAAAGAGGCAUAGGUCCUAGUAGUUCAGAUCCUGUCGAUAGUCCAGAGAAGUAUACCAAAUUCAUUAUGAUUGAAGACAAUAAGGAAAACAAAGACCAUUCCUUAGAAAAGGGAAGAGCAACUCUCAUUUUUUCCUUAAAGAAUGAAGUUGGAGGGCUUAUAAAAGCACUGAAAAUUUUCCAGGAGAAGCAUGUGAACCUAUUACAUAUCGAGUCCCGAAAAUCAAAGAGAAGAAACUCAGAAUUUGAGAUUUUUGUUGACUGUGAUAUCAAUACAGAACAAUUGAAUGAUAUUUUUCAUCUGUUGAAGUCUCAUACUAAUGUUCUCUCUGUGAACCUACCAGAUAAUUUUACUGUGAAGGAAGAUGGUAUGGAAGCUGUCCCUUGGUUUCCAAAGAAGAUUUCUGACCUGGACCAUUGUGCCAACAGAGUUCUGAUGUAUGGAUCUGAACUGGAUGCUGACCAUCCUGGCUUCAAAGACAAUGUCUACCGUAAAAGACGAAAGUAUUUUGCAGACUUGGCUAUGAACUAUAAACAUGGAGACCCCAUUCCUAAGGUUGAAUUCACUGAAGAGGAGAUUAAGACCUGGGGAACCGUGUUCCGAGAGCUCAACAAACUUUACCCAACCCAUGCCUGCAGGGAGUAUCUCAAAAACUUACCUCUGCUUUCUAAAUACUGUGGAUACCGGGAAGAUAAUAUCCCACAACUGGAAGAUGUCUCAAACUUUCUAAAAGAGCGCACAGGUUUUUCCAUCCGUCCUGUGGCUGGUUACUUAUCACCAAGAGAUUUCUUAUCAGGUUUAGCCUUUCGAGUCUUUCACUGUACACAGUAUGUGAGACACAGUUCAGAUCCCCUCUAUACUCCAGAGCCAGAUACCUGCCAUGAACUCUUAGGUCAUGUCCCUCUUUUGGCUGAACCUAGUUUUGCUCAAUUCUCCCAAGAAAUUGGCCUGGCUUCUCUUGGAGCUUCAGAAGAGGCUGUUCAAAAACUGGCAACGUGCUACUUUUUCACUGUGGAGUUUGGUCUGUGUAAACAAGAGGGACAGCUAAGAGUCUUUGGUGCUGGCUUGCUUUCUUCUAUCAGUGAACUCAAACAUGCUCUUUCUGGACAUGCCAAAGUAAAGCCCUUUGAUCCCAAGAUUACCUGCAAACAGGAGUGUCUCAUCACAACUUUUCAGGAUGUCUACUUUGUAUCUGAAAGCUUUGAAGAUGCAAAGGAGAAAAUGAGAGAAUUUACCAAAACAAUCAGGCGUCCAUUUGGAGUGAAGUAUAAUCCAUAUACACGGAGUAUUCAGAUCUUGAAAGACACCAAGAGCAUAACCAGCGCCAUGAACGAGCUGCAGCAUGACCUUGAUGUUGUCAGUGAUGCCCUGGCGAAGGUCAGCAGGCAACUGAGCAUCUGACAGUUGCCAGUCCUAAUCCCGAAAGCAUCUGAGCAUCAAUUCAGGGGCCUGUGGGCCAGCUGUUGCUUUGAAGACCUGGUUGUGGAGGGACAGCAGCCAAAUAUUCUCUACUCCUAUUCUUUAAUGGACCACUAGUCUUUGAAACUUGUACCUGGAUACUCUAGCCACUGUUUUUUUUUUUUUUUUUCAGUAAUGGCGUUAGUGAAGUAUAAUUCAGAUGCCAUACAAUUCAUUGACCACUCUGGUUUUCAUAGAGAAUUUGCUUGACCCAAUGGAUAGAUCUAGUCCUAGCCUGACUCUAUUUUCCACAAUCCUUCUUGAGUAAAAUGACCUUUAUGAUCACUUAAAAUACCUUGAUGGGCAUUAUGGAGCUGAUCCAUAUUGUUACCUAAGAUCCUCUUAUUUCUAAAGUAUCUUACUUACCAACUGAAUUUGGGCUGAGCUUGGUCCUAAAUUUAAUAGGAAACCAGCUGUCUCUGCUGCUAGCCUGAGCAAAAGAGAGAGUAGUAGCCUGAAGCAUACCUAGUAAAGAGCAAGUAGCCUAGUUUCCUGUGUAGUGUCUUGCAGGGAAAUAGGAAAAGCUAAGUCAAGAAAGGUUGGCUUGGGUAUAAUCCUUAGGUCCAGGCAAAGAAUUUGGGACUUUUUUUUUUACAGGCACUAGGAAACCCAUUCCCAAGUGACUAUCCUCUUUGGAACUCUUUCCUUUCUAUGGCAUUGCAUGAUGCUGGUUUUGUUUUAGAUUAUCUGUCCUACUCAUGGGACCAAGGGGAACUUGGUGGGGGUGCCACUUGCAAAGCCCUGUACUCAAGCAUGCAGCCCCAGGGGUUGUCCUCAGGUUACCAGGAGACAGUUUGUCAAGGGGAGAAUUCAAACUGAGGCAGUUGAGAGACGCACAAAGUUAAAUUUGUAAAAGCAGUCCCAAGCACUUUAUUUCCAAGGUAUAAUGUGAGACUAUAAUUAGGAAGGCCCGGCAUGAGGGUCGAGGGUGGGGAAAUGGGUAGGAAAUGGUGUAAGAUAGGUCAAGAAGAGCAUUAUAGGACCAACACUAUAAUAAUGAAGGUUGCAAGCACUGGGUUUUAUGUGGUGUCAGCGGGGUAGUACAGGGCGCAGGGCUGAUAUACACAGGUAAAGCUGGACUCCCCAGUACUGCCUUCUUUCCUCCCCCUACCCACCAAAGGAACACUUUCCUCGGACUUCUGUCUUUGGCCCUCUUCUCUCUGCUAUCUGCUCAUGGAAAAUGUCAUCCAUGGUCAUGGCUUCAAUUCUUGUUUCAUAUGACUCAUAUAUUUGCAAUUCUAAGACCCUGACAUCUGUCUUGAGUUUUUGCCUCUUUAAGUCCAGCUGCCUCCUGGAUAUUUCCAUCUAGAUGUCCCAUAAAUUAGGCCAGUGUUGUGUAACUUCUUAUGGCACCAUUCAUGUAGAAUGAAAUGGGGCUGUGCAACGUGGUAGCCCUGCCAAGUAUCUCAAACUCUAUAGGUCCAAAAAGGAACUCAGAAUCUUAGGCCCCAUCAGCUCUCUCUCCCAGUGACUUCAUUUCUGUUAAUGGUAUAUUAAGGGUCAUAUUUUCAACCAAUUUUCCAUUCUUUUAUCAGCUUCUUCGAAAACUAUGCUCUUAAUUUUUUUCACAUUAAUAGUCAAAUUGUAUACCAUUUAACAUGUUUUAUUUCAUCAGACCACUAGAUACUUAAUUCUUUUUAGAUCUCAAAAGAAAGUAUUUUAAAAACUCUUAAAAAUUUAUUUCAUUUUAUGUUAUAAAGUAAAUAGAAUUAGGAAGAUUAAUUCAUGCUACUUCAGAUUUUUAUAUUACUUAUAAAUUUUAAUAGCUGAUCAACAGUUACAUAUACCUUUGACUGUAGCAGAUCUAAGUCAGCUAAUCUGAACCCAUCUGAAAUAUUGGUUAGGCAGUUUGUAGUUAUAUUGGUUAGGUAGUGAAAUAUUGGUUAGGUAGUGUGUUUGGUUGCAAGGAAAUCUAUUAAACAAACCAUGAUAGAUAACAAAUAACAGCAAAUUAUGCAUACUAUAUCCAGUUAUUUUCAUACAACUUUGAUCACAGUAAAGAAUCAUAGUUACUGAAUUUUUAAAUGAUAGUAUUUCAAAUCACUCUGUGACUAAAGCACACUAAAGAAAAUAUUAGAGACAUGACCAUUAUAAUUCACAUCUUCAGGAUAAUGGAAAUAUUUAAUGAUUGACUUUAGCUCUUUCUUCUAAGCUCUGACUUUGUGAUAUUUAGUAAAUGAGGAAUCCUGAGAGUUUUAGAGCUUUCAUGCAUUUUAAAUAUUUUUCUUCAAAGCUUCAAGGAAUAUGUUAACAGUUACUAAAACAUGAGGAAAGAAUUGAACCAAAAGUAUGGUUCAUAAUUCCUAAUCAGUGAGUUAUUAGUUAGAAACAUAGAUGGUAUUUUCCUGACUUUUGAAGAAUGUUCCAAAAGUGGGUUGCCAGAAUGCCUGCAUUUCUUAAUCUGCCUAUUUUGUCAUUUGGAGUUAAACAGUAGUAAUGACACACCAAAAUGUGCAGAUUUAUAGUUCAUUUUUAAGUUCACUUGCAAACUGAAAAAAUUAAAAAUCCUAGAAUUCUCUAAUGGAACAUGUAAUAGAGGUCAUAUAUUAAUUUUUAGGAAACGUAUAAAGAUAUUGUAGUCUAUUUCAGUCUAGUCUUUAUUUUACUAUAUAAUAUACAUCUAUGAUUUGCUAAUUUGUUACUCAGCUGGAUAAUAAAAGGACACAAAAUUCGUGUUCUCAACAAGGAUUUAUUUUUUGUCAAACGUAUGCUAAAAACUGAUUUAAAUAUAUAUUAGCAAUUUUGGUAGCUUCAGAAAUCUGUAACAUCCUUACACUUCUUUAAAAAAAACCCUAUGAAUAUGAGAUACAAAGGAAGUCAAACACACCUGGAACCUAGUAACCACUUUUUGGAAUUCUUGAUAAAGUCUUAAAAUAAUUUUCCUCAUCUGUAAAAGGAGCUAAAUCUACUUCACUGGGUUAUUGUAAGAAUUGUACUGUGGGAGAACUUUGUAAAAAGAAAUUUAUUAUCCAUAUGUAAAGAAUCAUUAAUCUCCUAAUCAGAGGUUCUUCAUAGCUUCUGGAUGAUUUUAAUUUCCUCCAGAGAGAUUGAGCUUUUGCUUCUAGCAGGAAGAAUAUAAUGGCAUAGGAAGACUGUCUUAGUCCUAUUAUGGAUUAAGCCAAUUAAUUUGAAGCUAUGUUUUAGCUUUGUGAGGGCUGAUCUAUUUCCAUUUUACCUCUACUUUUAAGGUGUAGCCCUUUAGGGAUCCCAAAGGAAAGCUAUGAGUGUGAACCAGGGCUUCUCCAUGGGGACCCUGGACUCCUACUUUUCUCCCUUCCUGUACUCUCAUUCCCCCUGGCCCCAUAAAAUUGCUAAAAGUACUCUUCAGUUUCUCAGCUUUUCAGCUGCGGCUUUCAGUCCAGUUUCUUAGCUUCCAUGUCACUGCUUGCUAAUUAAUUAGCAAAUGCCUCUCGCAGAAAAGUAGUGCCAAAUAUAGUCUCUCAGCUUUUAGAUCUUGGACCUUCAAGUACUGGCUGCUUUGAUAGCUCUCCAAUGACUUGAAACAGAUUUUUAAAAUAUUUUCCCCCAGCUUUUAAAAUUGUUUUUGGUGAAAGAAUUGGUCUGCAGCUAGCAAAUCUACCUUUAUCAAAAGUGGAAAUCUGACCUCAGAGUAAAUCAUUUAACUUCUUUGAGCCUCAGUUUUCUCAUCUAUAAAAUAAUUAUUCUAACAAUACUUAUCAGUAAUAUUGAGAAAAGCAAAUAAGAUAAUCUAACGGGAAAAAUUUCCUAACCUGUGCGGUACAGAAAUAGGCUGUAUGGCUCAAAAUGCUUUAUACUUUCCUCUUAUGGGGAGAGAAGGCAUCUGAAAAUGAUACCAUCAAAUAAUUUAAAUCCACCUCCAUUCAAGAACUCCAACUCACCCAAGCUGCUAAUGGGAUGACCUAGUUAGUGACAUGUGCAACAUCUCAGCACUUCCAAGAAAUUGUAUUAAGGGAUAUAACAUAGUAAUAUAAUUGUAAGUUAGCUUAAGUACUGAUGCAUGUACAUUCAAGGGAUAAAAUUGGAAAGCAACUGUAUUCUCCCAGCCCUUCUCUCUAUUAAAACUGACUCUGGGUAAUUCCUCCGUGUCCCUUUGGAUGAAAUUUCAGGUCCCUGCCUUGGAUUUUCUGCUCACUCUAAGUCCUUAGCUUCUAAUCUCUCUCUCAUUUCAGUAUUUUAAAAUUCCUGUCUUGUGUAAAAGUUCAAAACAUUACAUUUUAAGGUUAAAGUUUUUCUUCUCUAGAACAGAGAAAGGAAGAGGUGUGCUUUGCAUCUUUAUCUUCUUGCUCCUCCUUCCUCGCUCAUGAGGAUGCCUCUGGCUCCUCUAGGAUUGGGAAUAGAGGUGGAGAGGAGAGGUAAGGAGUAGGAAGUUUGUUUUUGGUCUGAUAAUGCUGAGUUGGCAUAUGUGUUUUCUGUACUUGGUAAAUAUUUAAUGAUGACUCAUUCUCAUGUGUUUUGAAAGAACUUCCCACUUCUUAUUUUUUGGGAUCUCUUGAUAUGGGUAAAUGUACCUCUCAGAUUGGGCUGUUGAAUUCAUUUUUCUCAGCCUCUAGGAAUCUAGUGGUGGGCACUCUUCUGGGUGUCACUUCUCCUCUCCAGAAAUUCCCUUGAUCUGGGUCUAAGACCAUCCAUCCGCUUGUUAAUUUACUCAUGAAUGGGAACACUUAUAGGGGAGAUACUCAGACAUUCUUUGUCUUGAAAAACUCUGGACAUGAAAGACCUCUCCAAAGCAUCAAUCUCUCUUUGCUCAACUAUCAGAGCAGUCAUCUGGCCACAAGCCAUUGAACAUUUCUCAGCAGGAAUUGGACAGCAACCUGCCCAGCCCCUAAUCUGGAAGGAUACAUACCAAGCUCUCUUAUUGGCCCUGCUGACACAUGCCUUUCCUUAGACAUGAGCUGGGCAGGACACAAAUCACACUGACAACUACUGCCACAUAUAUUCUAUCAAAAUUCUCUCAACCUUUCCAACCUCUUUCAUAGCCUGGAAGUGAUACACUGGUUUCUAGACACCUCUUACACAAGUUCUGCUUUGGUGGUCUUGUACCUCACUUUAUAAUGUGAGAGGAAUUGGCACUUAAUAUUUUAGAGUCUUAGCCAAAAAGGAGAGGGGAAGGGUCCCAUUUUUACAUCCUAUUACAUAUGCUUAAAAAGAAUGGUCAGAAUUUAAAAAGGCUACUCCUAUAAAACAGUCAUCAAACACAGUAUAGUUUUUCCACAUCACGUUCCCUUGAGAAUUGAAGAGCUGCAUUGCCUCUCUAAAGUCUGCAAUUUUCUUAGCAUGGUUCUCCAUGUUCAAAAUGCCACAGGCUGGAGAGGUAAAGGUGAGGUGCUGCCCUCAAGUGGUCUUGACAGGCAGAAACAUCAAGGACUGGGUGGAGUGAAAGAAUGGGAGGGACUGAGUGAGAGGUACCAGAGACACUCCCCAGGGCCUCCCAGGCAUAAGUAAUGAGUACUGGAGGCUUGGGUCAGCAGAGGGAUCAAGAACUCCUCAAUAUAGACUCUCAUCUUUAAUAUGACCCCAUAUGUACUGACAAGAUAAUGUCUGGCUUGGAAAACGUGGGUUAUGUACAAAAAAGCAUGAAAAA